ACAUUGAUUCUAACAUCGCCCGCAAAACUCUAUAAUCACCCAUCAAUUUUUGGACUCCCACUGUCUCAUGCUCCAGACCCUUCUUCUUUAUCUCUCCUUCCAACUCCAUCUCAACCCCUUUAUAAAUCUCCCCACACAACACCACUUCUACUAAAUACACCUACCUACCUAGCUAACUACUUUCUCUUCUCUCUUGUCACCAACCUCCAUGGAAAUAGACAUGGACAUGGACUUCUCCGGUUACAGCACAAUCACCAACACAAUCCCCUCUUCUGAUGAUGACUAUGGUUGCAACUGGAACCAUUGGUCCCCCGUCGUCAACUGGGACGCCUUCACCGGCGCCCACGACGACUUCCACCACCUCAUCGACUCCAUCAUGUGCGACAGCGCCGCCGCGGAGGAGGACAACCUCAGCCCCGACGAUCACGCCGCCAGCAACUCCCCCUCCGCCUCCGUCACGGAGGAGGAGGAGGACGACGCCGACGAAGAAACCGGCCCCGUCGACGAUUCCAAGGGCCUGAGAGUCGUCCAUCUCCUGAUGGCCGCCGCGGAGGCCCUCACUGGUGCUCCCAAGAGCCGCGACCUGGCUCGAGUGAUAUUGGUUCGGCUCAAGGAGUUGGUCUCCCACGCAGCGCCACCGCACGGCUCCAACAUGGAGAGGCUCGCCGCCUACUUCACCGACGCCCUCCAGGGCCUGCUAGAGGGCGCCAGCGGGGGUGCGCACAACAACAAACGUCACCACCACUACAACAUCAUCACGUCGUCAUGUGGGCCCCACCACCGCGACGAUCAUCAUAAUCACCAAAGCAACACCCUCGCGGCGUUCCAACUGCUCCAGGACAUGUCACCCUACGUCAAGUUCGGGCACUUCACGGCCAACCAGGCCAUCCUGGAGUCCGUGGCCCACGAGCGCCGUGUCCACAUCGUCGAUUACGACAUCAUGGAAGGGGUCCAGUGGGCCUCCCUCAUGCAGGCCCUCGCCUCCAACAAAACGGGCCCACCGGGCCCACACCUUCGUAUAACCGCAUUGUCCCGCACGGGCUCCGGACGCCGCUCCAUCGCCACCGUCCAAGAAACAGGGCGGCGCUUGACGGCGUUCGCAGCCUCCCUUGGUCAACCGUUCUCCUUCCACCAUUGCAGGUUGGACCCCGACGAAACUUUUAAACCUUCGUCGCUUAAGCUGGUUCGCGGAGAGGCUUUGGUUUUUAACUGCAUGCUGAACUUACCGCACCUUAGUUACCGCGCGCCGGAUUCGGUAGCGUCGUUUUUGAGCGGAGCCAAAGCGUUGAAGCCGAGGCUGGUGACUUUGGUGGAGGAGGAGGUGGGGUCCAGUGCUGGAGGGUUCGUGGGGCGGUUUAUGGAGUCGCUGCAUCACUAUUCAGCGGUCUUUGACUCGCUGGAGGCUGGGUUUCCGAUGCAGGGGCGGGCCAGGGCGCUUGUGGAGCGGGUUUUCUUCGGCCCAAGGAUAGUGGGGUCGCUGGGCCGCUUAUACCGGACGGGGGAGGAGGAGAGAGGGUCGUGGGGGGAAUGGUUGGGUGCGGCGGGCUUCAGGGGAGUUCCGAUGAGCUUCGCCAAUCAUUGCCAAGCCAAGCUGUUAAUUGGUCUUUUCAACGACGGCUAUAGGGUAGAGGAGUUGGGGACCAACAAGUUGGUCUUGGAUUGGAAAUCUAGGCGCUUGCUUUCUGCCUCCCUUUGGACUCAGAUUAAUUCAUUUUAAUUGCCACGGAAACUCUAUGUUUUACACUUUUACUUCUACUUCCAAUUCAUAUUCUUUGCCUAAAGCAACCUCUUAAAACUUCAAACUUUUAUUUAUGGAUACAAAUUUCAUCCUGCAUGCCGCAUUUACAAUAAAAUGCUACAGAACUUAAUACAAUGUCAAUUAUGAGAAUGAUAGGAAUCGAAA